CUUUGCCCAAUAAUUGACUUUUCGGUUUCUUAGGCUCCAACUUCGAGCUUGAUUCCGCGAAAAUUCCAUUUCCUUUUCGUGUCCCUUUUUUGUUUUUCUCCGAAAACAGCAGAUAGGAAGAAAAGAACCCAUAAAUUCAAUCCGAAGAAAACCUAAUUAAAUUAGCAAAGAGGAUUGGAAUUAUCGUCGUGAUUUUCGAAGAACAAUGCUUCACAGGAGUUUCAAGCCCGCGAAAUGCAAGAUAGCGUUAAAGCUUGCUGCCUCGCGUAUAAAGUUAAUGAGGAACAAGAGGGAAGUACAGGUGAAGCAGAUGAAGAGGGAUUUGGCGCAAUUGCUCCAGUCUGGUCAAGACCGUACAGCUAUGAUUAGGGUUGAACAUGUGGUCAGGGAAGAGAAGACAAUGGCAGCCUAUGAUCUUCUUGAGAUAUAUUGCGAACUUAUAGUGGCACGUCUGCCUAUCAUUGAGUCACAAAAAAACUGCCCAAUCGACUUGAAGGAAGCAGUAUCGAGUGUAAUAUUUGCAUCUCCAAGAUGUGCAGACAUUCCAGAGCUGAUGGAUGUUCGCAAGCAUUUUACAGCAAAAUAUGGAAAAGAGUUUGCUUCAGCAGCUGUUGAAUUGCGUCCAGAUUGUGGCGUAAGUCGCUUGUUGGUUGAGAAAUUAUCUGCCAAAGCCCCUGAUGGUCCAACAAAAAUUAAAAUCUUGAGGGAAAUAGCUGGAGAACAUAAUGUCAAAUGGGAUCCCGAGUCAUUUGAAGAGAAAGAUACAAAGCCUCAUGAGGAUUUGCUGAAUGGACCUAAUAGUUUUGAGACAGCUAGUCGAAUGCAUGCAGAGUCUUCUAAGCCUCCUAGUGUUCCGGUUACACCUCAUAAUGUUGGCAGGGGACCUGUUAAUUUCCAAGAGGAACCCAAGCAAGAUGAAAGUCCUGAUGUACAUUUGAACUUGAAUGAGCAUAAUGCACGACCAUCAUCCCUUCCUCAAAGUUUUGCAUCUACAAUGUCAUCUGAUCCUCCUCAUCCAGGACUGAAACCUUUAGGAGCUGGAAGUGAGGGCAUGGAGCAUAGGCAUUCAUUUACUGGGCAGAAUUGGAAUAUGGAAUUUAAGGAUGCCACUGCUGCUGCACAGGCUGCUGCUGAAUCUGCAGAACGAGCAAGUAUGGCUGCCCGGGCAGCUGCAGAACUUUCAAGCCGUGAAAUGACAACCAGACAGCAGUCUAUGAAGUCGCAGAAGUCUUCAACUCAUGAGCCAAGAGAUAAAGGGCUUUGGAACAGUGCAGGCUCCAAGUUGCCUAGUGAAUCUGCCAAAGAUCAAAUUAAAGACACCUUUCAAGGAAGAAACUCUGGGAAUUUCACUGAGCAAAUUGAUAGGAAUGAACUAGAUGAUGCAAGACUGACUGAAAGAUUUAACCAGCUAAAGAGCACUAUGGCAGCUUCUAAUUAUGUUGACAGUGUUGCCCCAAUGCCAGACAAUUUCCGAGAGGCAGAUAAGUAUCCUCGAAAUGAUUCAUCUGAUUCAGCAACGAGAGACUUUUCGAGUGAAGUGAAUCUAAAGGAAAGGUCGAAUCAAUCUGGACGAGAAUUUGUGAAUGAGGAAGAUGAAAUGAAAUAUGAAGAAAAGAGCAUUGGAAAACAAUCCGGCGGUGCUUCGUCACAUUCUCACUCAAGCUCUCUUGAUGAUGAUCACCUUUUAGUUUCAAAUUUAAACCAACAGAAUGUAGUGAAUAAUUUUGAUGAGGACCCAUUUAUCAGCCAUGGAGGAAGUAAUGACAGAACUGCCAAAGAAACCACCUCUUAUGGCAAUGAUGUUGUGGCUUUUGAUGAUUCUGGUUCGGAAUAUGGUGAUUCUAUAAUUGAUGUUGGGGAUGAGCACCAUCAACAUGAAACUAGUUGGUAUCCACAAGACCAAAAAUCGUCCAAGCUUGGUUUGGAGUCGUAUCCGCAGCAGCAGCACUCUACUACUGUGUUUUCUGAAGGCUUGCAAAAUUCUACCAUUCAUCCAUCCCAAGAUGACUUGUUGCCUGCUACUUUUGAUGAUUCAGACGGUCCAAGUUCUGAAAGUGAAGAAGAAAUAGAGAAGUUCAAGCUUGCGGGAAGUAUGGGUACCGGCUAUGAACAGAAUGUCAUCUCUGCAAAUCCUGAAUUGUCUGCUGGAUCUUCAUCCAUAGAAAAGGAAGAUGUAGGAUUUGACAAAAAGUCGUGGUUAAGGGCAAGCACGGUUGAUUCAGAUCCACCAGAAUUGCACCAGAGAAACCAUGGGAUUGAAGUUAAUGAUGGGUCUAUUAGGGACUAUGAGUAUGGUUACCUGCCUUCCACUCAGCCUUCUACCCUACCCAUGAGCUCGCAGUCAAAGUCAAGUGGUUUAAAUGCCAAUUCUUUCAAUAACCAUCAGCAUUCUAGGAAAUCGUCUGGGCUUGCACUUGUCCAGGAAGUCAAAAAUGAUGUUCAGACACCAGAAUCAAUCGGUACCUCGAUGGAUGCUGAAGUUCCUAAGGACUUUAGUUUGGAAGGUGAUAAGGAGUUGAACUUUGGAACAUUGACUGGCGGGCUUCGGAACAAGGGAUAUAGGCAACCACCAUAUACUAGGAAUUCUGGCAAUGCUUCAUUGUCCAAACAAGGUGUAGAGAGUAUGAAUACCAAAAUUGAGCAGUCCUCUCUUUCCCCUAAAGUUGAGACUUCAAUUUCGUUGGGGAUUCGAGAUCAAGAGUCAGACAGUAAGAUGGUGAAGUCAAAAGUAAAUGAAAAGGCAAGCACAAGAGCUCCAACUACUUAUUUUGAUUCUAGUGAUGAUUCAGAUGUGGAACUCCCCCAGCGGACUUUUGGCAAGACUCAAGGGCCAUACAAGCAGAAAGCAGGCAAUGAAGCAAAUAGAAGGACAAGCUCAAGCUCAAAGACCUAUUUUGAUUCAGAUAGUAGUGAUUCAGAGCAAAGUUUUGGUAAGCAGACUUCAUCCAGCAAAAUUCCUUCUGGUACUGGAUUUUCUGGACGAACAAAAGUCACUUCAGCCCUUGAUAGAAAUUAUCUUCAAAAGGCUUCAGUACCGUCUGAAUCAACAGAGACUGUAGACUAUGGUUUGCAAAAAAAAUCAGCUGCAAAGACUUUCUAUAGUACUGAAUCUCGACAUGAACGACAGUCUCAGGAGAGAGCACAUAACUUAGUAAGCUCUGAAGAACCAAAAGGUGUAGCCAAACAAGCAGGUUCGAAACCAGUUACAAAAUCCAGGAAGUCUUCAAAUGAGGACAAUCGGAAAAUAUCUGCUCGGGAACAAACUUCUAAUCCUCUUCCAAAGAUUGCAGCAUCAGCUAAAUCUGAAAGUUCAAAGACCUCAAAUAAGGAAACUCCAUCUAGGGAGAAUUCGAUCAACAAAGCCAGUCAUGUUCAUCCAAAACUUCCUGAUUAUGACGCCCUAACUGCCCACCUGCAGUCGCUCCGGCAAAAUCGCCAAUAAUUCUGGUUUUUAAAACUAUAGGUACUCUCCUUAGUUGCACUCUUCACAUAUUCUUUGCAUUGUUCAUUAUAAUAGUUUAUUCCUGAUAUUGAGAACAGUUGAUUAAUUUUGAUGCCUAUGAGGAUUAUACUUUUCUUUACGUAUGUUUGUUUGUUUGUUUGUUUUUUUUUUUGAGUUCUGGCCUUCUGGGACUCUGGGAUGGUUAUAGUAAAAUCUGUAUUGAAGGUUGCCUCUUGAUGUUGAGUUAUAAUGGAUAAAUUCUUUUUGGUCUGUA